ACUUCCAAUAUCGGACACGUUCUGUCUUGCGCUUGUUUUGGACCCGAACCGGGUCACCGGACCUCUCUGACAGACGUCGUCUUGUAGACCACUGGUACCAUGGAGGACCAUGCUGAUGCAAAAGACCAUGCUGAUGCAGAGGACCAUGCUGAUGCAGAGGACCACAUUGAUGCAAAAGACCAUGGUGAUUCAGUGGAAAAUGCUGAUGCAGAGGCACAGAAGGAGGUGGAUGCCUUGGAGCAAACCUUGUCUCCUGAAAACAAAUCACCUAAAAUCGUCUCCAAACCACCACGCCGCUGCACUUCAGGAAAGAAGAGCCAGAGCAAAAAGAAGCAGGGGACUACUUAUAAAAAGAGGCGUGUUCUCGCAGAGAAGAGGCGUGGUCAGAAACAUAAGAAGCGGGGCCAGGAAGAGACGACAGAAGGCGUGACGGUAAAGAGGACAUCGGGUGGUGGGAAACGUCGCUGGGCCAAAAAACAUUACUGCGUGUUCUGCCGCCGGCCACAGGUAAAGAUUGCCCGUCAUUUGCUGAGGAAACACAUCGAUGAACAGGAAGUGUUGGCUGCUAGUGUGCUACCAGUAGGUUCUAAACAGCGCCACCUGCUGCUGGAACACCUGCGAUGUAGGGGGAACUACCUGCACAACAUUGAGGUGAUCCGWCAAGGCAACGGUGAGAUCAUACCAUGGCGUACGCCUACAGAGGAGGUCAAUGCCAGGAACUACCUGCCCUGCCCUCUCUGCCUUGGCUUCUUUCUCCGAAGUGACCUUUGGAAACAUCAGGCGUCUUGUCGUAAGAAGCUUGCCACUGACCUCCCACAAGAUCCUACCUUCGAGGCAGAGAUCCCCUUCGCAGGCCUCACUUUCUUGGCAGAAAUUACCUCCAAAGAGCAGGUCUCCACUGCAGAGGUCUCGUCCAACCUGGAGACCUCAGACUCCGCAGGUAAAUCCUGUAGUCCAGCAGAAGACACACCUGCAGAUCCUUUCAAACAAACGUCAGACCAGAGCUCUGAACCUGGAACCAAGCGGACCCUGACCUCUGGCCCUGGUGUGGAUCAGAAUGAGAACAAUGACUCAGUAUCGAAACAGCCCAGAAAAAGGGCUAGAGUCCAGGCUGCAGCAUCUCGCCUGCUGCCGAUCUCUGGUGGAGCAUCAGAGUGCUGCAGUGAAAUCCUGCACCGGAUGAACCAGGACAAUGUUUCCUAUGAGGUGAAAUCAGAUUGGCUGAUCUGUAAAUAUGGGAACAAGCUGAUGGGAAACGAGGAGGGUGGUAAGCGGAAGUAUGACUACCUGAGCCAGAAGCUCAGGGAGCUCGGCCGCUUGUUGCUGGCAGCCAAAUCUCUGGACUCUGGGAUCCAGUCCCUGCAGGACCUUCUGGCUCCGGGUCACCUCAACCUGGUUCUGUCUGCUGCCAAGAAGGCUACAGGAUACCGAUGGAGCCGCCCUCCGCUGUCCUUGAAGACCACACUCAAGACAAUCUGUGAAAUUGCUGUUGGAGAGAGUCUACAAGACGGGGACUGGGAGGCUGCUGCCAGGACCACCGAGUUCUACCACAUACUGGGGAAGGACUGGGACAAUCUGGGCCUGCAGAACUCGGAUACAGACCUGGCUGCUCCAAACGAAGGAAGCAAACCAAAAAAGCAGGUGGUCCAGUCCAGAAGAGASAAGGAACAGAGACUUGAUGUUCUGUCUCAGAGCAGCAACGCACCAAUGUUGUCCCUGACUUCUCCUGAGUCCAGACUGAAGACUCCAGUCCCAGUUCCUGUUCCUCCUGGGAAGGUCCGCCGUCGGCCCUGGUCCUCUGCAGAGAAAGAAGCCAUCUGGAGGCAGCUUGGAGACCACGUCCUGAUCCAGUCGGUACCGGGGAAGGAAGUCUGUCAGCGUUGUCUGGACCUAGAGCCAGCCCUCAAAGGGAGACACUGGAAAGAUGUCAAGAACCAGGUCUACAACCAGAUCCAGAGCCAGAAGAAGCUGCAGUUCCAUGCCCAGGUGGAGCUGGAGGAGAACCUUCAACAACAAACUCAGAACCAGAACCAG